GCACCGUGGCGACGUAGAAGCUGCGGCGGAGGCGCUGCUUCAAGAACAGGAGGUGGAGGUCGAGGGCUACCAUCCCGCCACACCAAGGACACCGCCUGAAGUUCUUGAGGUGGAAGACCACCAGCCGCCGGCUGCACCGAAGACACCGCCUGAGAUUGUCGAGGCUGGACAUGUCCCAGAGACCUCGGCGCGAGCGAGUCGAAGCCCGAGCGGAAGCCCCCCGAAGAAGCGGAGGCGUUGCGGGAGCUUGGAAGAAGACUCCGGCAGGAGUCUGGUCGACGAGGUCGGCGAAGCGGUGCUCGCGCUGCCCGCGGACAGGGACGCUUCUGCAGCUGCAGCAUCCUCAGAAACCGCCAGCUCCCUCGGCGUGGACACUUUCGCUCCACGGCUGGAGUUCGCCUCUGCAUCCUUUGGCCCACUGCGGCGGAAACCUGUGCGGGUUCGCCAGGACCCUGACCUUCACGCGAGGGUGCCCGAGAUGACUCGAGCCUCGGUGCCCGGUGUGGAGACAUGGAAAGGGGAGCGAGGGCAGAAGCGGGUGCUGGACAUGCUCUCAGAUUGCUACAUGCAGGGAUUGUGGAUGCUUGGCCCACCCUCUGCUCCGGCUAACAAGGAGAUCGUUCCGGCUUUCCGCCACAUCUUUGCCACCAUCCGGCCGUUGGGUGCAGAGGAUCCCAAGCGGGUUCGCAUCCUUCGCACCCUGGCGGAGGCGUGCCAAGAUUGCCAGCAGGUCCAAGCACGAGAGAUCUUGCGCAUCUUCGGGGACUUGACGGCGCAGAAUGAGACCUUCGAGUCCCAGUUGAAGUAUUCGCUGCUGAGGCAGAAGGAGGGCGCCUUGAAUCGCUUCAUCAGCAUGAAGCACGAGUGCUGCGACAAGGACCACACCGAGGUUCAGCCAUGGCAGCAGCGACCACACCUCCUCAGCGGCUACCUCGAGCGUAGGCCACGGUGCUAG